ACACCUGGAAGCAGAAGGCAUCAAGCCCUCUCUGGGACAGAAAAGGAUCUUGAAAGCCAGGGCAGUAAGUGGGCUUGGCAUCAUGUGCAGAACUCAGGCCUUUGUGUCCCUCCUUCUCCUGGGACUGAAACUCCCCGAGGCAAAAAGCGACUGUGAAUUUGUCGAGUCUGAAAAUCUCUGUGUCUGCUCGCUGCUCAAGGAGUCACAGAUGGACAACUUGUUUGAAUGCUUCCAAGCCACCACAUACGAGCUUCGAGGAGGAAACCUGGAGAAAUUCGCAAUUUUUUCUGAUCUCACACCGUCUCCGUAUGUUCUUGAUAUUCUCACGGCCCUGCAUGUCAGGAAGCUUGUCUUCACAGACCUCCUUGUGCCAGAGGUAAUCUUGCCAGGAGCCCUGGAGUUUGCUUCCCACCCUCCUCUGCUCUCCGAAAUUGAAUUUGUUAACUGCACUUUCCUCCGAAGGGCCGGCUGGAGCUACCCAAGAAGGCUGUCCCCACUGAAUGUUUCCUCUCUGCGUUUCCAUCGAGUGACUGCUGAUUCCCUGGCUGACAGACGCAAUGAUUUGUCCAGCUUGACGAGGUGGCUGGAGACCCUAGAAAAUCUGACAUUGACCGACUCAAAAGUCACCUCUAUCCCAUGCAAAAUUGGCCAGAUGUUCACUGGGCUGCACCGUCUUGAUGUUUCAGGAAACCAUUUCCAGGAUGGGAGCAUGAGGUCCUCACUCUGCCAGGGAGCAUUCCCAGGACUCCAGGAGUUAAGACUCCACCAUAACCGACUAACCUCUUACGAUGCUGUGUGUGAGACGGUUGUCCCCCUCAACAUGCUCAUGCACUUGGACCUCAGUCAGAAUGAUUUCCCGCCUGGAUUCUCCUCCUCCUCCCAGUGCACGUGGCCACAGUCCCUUCGCGUUCUCAACUUGUCCAGCACAGGGUUAAAACACGUGGAAUGGUCUCUGCCACCCAACAUGGAGAUCUUAGAUCUGAGUGGCAACAGCAUCUCUACUCUCGACCUCUCACUCCCCGCCUUGAAAGAACUCCACCUGUCCAACAACAGGCUGCAGACAGUCCCCUCGGUCAAGAAACUCCCUCGUCUGGAAGUCCUCAGUGUUGAUCGAAACCAGAUCUCACAUCUGCCUAGCCAAAGCCUCCUGCAGCUGAAGCACCUGCAGCUCUUAAAAGCUAGCCACAAUCUCUAUGAUUGCUCUUGUCCUUAUAUCAAGGAGCUCCAGGACUUGGCAAGCAAGCCAUCCUUGCUGGCCAGUUGGCCUCAUAACUACACAUGCCAAACCCCUCCUUCUUACCGGGACUCCCUGGUUAAAGAUAUGUCUCCUUCGACACUUCAGUGCAACAAAGCUCCACUCCUUCAAGGGUCAGCAGUCAUCUUGCUGUCCAGCCUUCAUCUUCUUCUUUGUCUGUUUCUGAUUUGACCAUUGUCAAACAUUUAUUUUGAUCAGUUCUAAAAUAUUGCAACUGGGCCGAUUACCUGAAGCCGGGACGUGGCGCAACGUUGCGGAUCAUGCCGGGGAAAACGCGAAAGAUCGCGUUUUCUCACGCGGGUUUUGCACGACAUCGCGCAAAACUCGCACGAGAAAACGCGAUCUUUCGAAAAGAAAACGUGGAACUGCACAGCAGUUUGAGAUUGUAGUUCAUGCACAUAGCACUUCCCACUACAAGACACCAAAAGCUUUGUCACUAAGAAUCACACUCCGUGACGUUUAGAAGUCUAGUGGAAGAAAAAUCCUCAGAACUGGGAACUGAACAAAAUGUACCUUUUAUUUUAGAUAAUUUACUUCUUUUAUAAACACAGCCUCUGGGGUCGCUUUAUCAAGAGGCUAUCACAGAGAGAAAAGGAAAAAACCUUUUCCUUCCUUGCAAUUUUCUCACUGGAGAAAGCCUGUUGCUGGGGGAAAUUCAGGGGUACCCGCAUUUUUUUCUCCAGUGGGAAUAAAAGCAACUCACGGUGCCUUUUUCUAGUGAGAAAACAGGAGGAGAGGAAUGGGUUAACAUUUCUCAUUCCCUGCCCUGUUCUCUUCCUUGAUAAAGCAAUCCCCUAGGCUAUAUUUGCAAAAGAAAAAGAAUAUGGGAUAAAAUAAACAGUAUGUGGGGUGAGGAAAUGAAGCGCCGUUCAGCCCUCAGUACACAGACUGCCUCAGAUCCUGCAGGAACAACCAGGACAUUCACUUAAAGAAAUAUUAAUCCUUAUUCUGCAUCAGGGCUUUUUUUCUGGGAAAAGAGGUGGUGGA